CCCAACGGUCCGAAAACCCCUUCAAAUUCCUCUACCCUCUGCCCCCUCAUUUCUCUCCAAUUCCGGCAAAAAAAAAGAAUUUAAAAGAAAACUAGGGCUAGGGUUUAAAACAUCUUUACCGGAGCUCUCGCCAUCCCCGUUCGUAAUCGUAUUGUAGAUGGGUACGAACCAGAAGAACGACUCUAGGGCUUCCGUGCCGGAAUGGCCAACGCCGGAGGUCGACGGCUUCGAGGUCUUCUCCGGCGAUCUCGAGCGCUUCUCCACCGAGGAUCUCGUCUUCUUCUUGGAGUCCUCGUUCCGGAAGUCGGAGUACGAGAAGGUCGCGGCGAUUCUGAGUUCGCGGGAGAAAUCCCUCGAGGCCGAGAUCGAGAGGAUGAGGGCGGCCGGAGGUGGCCAUCCGGAUGCGAAAUGUAAGAGCUUGGAUGCCCAAGUGGAGGCCGUCGCAGAGAGGUGCUUGGAAUUGGAAGAGAAGUCCAAGAAAGGAGAGGCGGGGCUUGGAAGAAGAGUCUCCGAGCUAGAGCAGAAGCUUGUCGAAGAGAGGGACAGGAGUGCUUCGCUGGAGGCGAAGCACAGGGAGUCAGAGGUCGGGAAGCUCAUCGCAAGUGAGGAGUUUGAGAAAUCCAGGAGGAAUUGUGCGAGGCUUGAAGAGCAGUUAACCAGAAUCAAGGAAGACCUAGGGGUAGUGCAAGUGAGGGAAAAGAGGGCUCUAGAAAGAAUCGAUGCUUUAUCAGCAGAGCUUGAGAAGAAGGAGAAGGAGAGGAGGGAAGAGUUUGUUGAGCUCAAGGCAGCGAUCGGGGACCUAGAGUUGGCAAAGAGAAGGGCAGAGCAUGAACGGGAUGAGUGGAAGGAGAAGUUUGGAAAGUUGCAAGUUCGGGCUUUGCGGCUGAUCGAAGAGAAUGCUGGUAUAAUAGAGGGGCAAAAGUCGGCAAAGAAAGAGAAGCGGGGGAAGCAGUCAGAGGAAAAUAGCAGCCAACGGAAUGUGGAAGAUCGUGGAAGCCAUGCUAGAAUGCGGUGCUCGACAAUGCUUCGAGUGGGUUCUAAGAGAAAAGAGGCUUCUUCCAUGCAGGUUAAGGCAAACGCUCCAUCAGAAAUGUUCAUUGAUAUCACUGGUAGCAGCAGCAGUGAUGAAGAGAUAAGCGCCACUGCCAACACUUUGAAGAGUGCUGAGAAGUCCAAUUCUUAUUGGAGAAAGGUUGGUGAAUUGGACUAUGGAAAUAAGCAGUACAAGGAGAAUUGCUUAUGCACAUCAUCUUCCAAAAGGAAGCAUGUUUCUGAAAUGGUGGCCAGUGGCAGAAAGAGAAAGAAUGAUGAUAAGGACGAUGACGAUGAUGACGACAAUGAUGAUAGGAUUCCAAUUGGGAAACUUAAAAUAAAGAGUCUUGAAGAGGCAACGACAGUAGGUGAAAUGCUUGGUGAUUCUUAAUCUUUCUUCUAGUUAGAGAAAGUGGAGGAAAUAUGGCCACUUUAAGGAAUUAAUUGGGUUCAAUGCAACAAUUCGAAGGAGCAAAAGGUGAGCAGAAGGAAGCUUCUAUCACAGAGCUAAAGGCUAAAAUUUUGCUACCAUAUGAUGCUGGAUUCGAUAAUGGUUUUGAAGAGAAGCUGGUGAUUUAACUUCUGAUGGAGAGAUAUGCAUGGAAGAAUCAUUAUAGAAAGGAAACUAUGAAUUGGGAAUAUGGGAGAGAAAUGCUUUUCACGGCCGGGGAAAUGGUUUUAUACGCAAUUUCCUCUUCUAGUGGAUCCUGAUCUCUGCAUGGAAGCUCUUUGUGCUAUAUACCAUCAAUCAAUCAAGGAAUCAGUGAAGGGAAAACAACAUCCCAGCAGGAGAUUUAGCACCUUUGAUGCAUACAGGGGAACUCUGUCUUUCUUUUGGAUGGUGAUCCAGAUGGCUGAUUAAAAAAGUCUGUUGAGGAAUUAGAGAAGCAUGAUCCUUAGGGUCUCAACUACUGCUGCAAACUGGCUACCUGUUACUCCAAACAGCUGGGUGAGAUCUACAAAAAUAAAGAGGAUCCUCGUUGCUUUCCACACUAAUGUUUUGUCUUGUUACUGCUAAAAUAGACAGCUUGAAAGCAGGCUGUCUUCUGUUUCCCCUCUUUGUGUGCCAGCAAUCCCUUCUUCAUGUGAAUCAAAACAAUACAGACAAGCAGAGCACUUAUGAUUUUCUGUGGUAAUACUGCCCUUAUCACUUUUUAUCUGUGAAUAUAAAGGUUCAUGCGUAAACAUCAAGAUAUUGAGUUUUCUUUUUGAAAGACAAUAUAUAUUUUUAAUACUUUUAUACAAUGCUCCAUCAGGACAUGGUAUACCUCAGCUUUAUUUUGUAAUAAGAUUAUGUAAUGGUUGGACAAAAACAAAAGGU